AUGAAUCCCCUGGACGUAAUGAACGAUCAUAAAAUUAUUAAGAAAUAUCGGUUGGACAGAGAUGCAAUUCUUGAAAUAUGUGCACAAACUCAACAACAUCUAGUAAGGCCAACAAGUCGCAGUCAGUUACUUCCGGUUUCCCUGCAGGUACUUGUUGCAUUGCAAUAUUAUGCUACCGGAAGUUUCCAGUCUGUACUCGCGGAUGAAUUAGAUUUACAGAAUACAUGGCUUUUGGGCGAUAGUGCGUACCUGUUGAGGAAAUACCUCCUAAAACCAUUACCUACUGCAAACACAGAGGCUGAGCGAAGAUAUAACGUCGCUCACAAACAUACACGGUGUCUGAUUGAACGUACUUUCGGGAUUUGGAAAAUGAGAUUCCGAUGUCUCCACAAGUCCGGUGGGUACAUGACGUACACGCCAGUCAAGUGUGCCAAGAUUAUUACUGCGGUGGCGGUUCUUCACAACAUUUGUGUUUCGAGAAAUCUGCCUUUCAUUGAUGACAAUGAUGACCGUGUUGACGACAAUGAUAAUGACAACAAAGGCGAUGACAACGACGGAAAUGAUGGGGAAAACAACAACGAAGAUGGUAGACAGACACGCAAUAACCUUAUUCGCGAGACGUUUUCAAGCUAA